AUGUCCCAGUGGUGCCGGGGGAGUUGUUCGGUUCGGCUGCCUUGGAAGCACUGGAACGGACUGUCCAGGCACGACAGAGAAGGCAGCAAUUUUCGAGCCUUAGCAGGCCAAUGCCCCCUCCACCUCCUCGGCAUCCAAGGCGCCUGUCGGCUGGCUCCAGCAUGCAGCCGCCGCCUGGGGGUCAUAACCGGCCGGGUGGUCCUUACCCUCAUGCGGUUCAGCAAAGGCCCAGCAGGAGCUCUCGUGGGUUGGUCCACCGACCAGCUGGGCAGGCUCGGACCAGGGACUCUGGCUGCCGCCCCCCCACGGCCCCUAGGGGUCGUGGAGGGAGACGGUGAUGCCAUCAGGCCGACCGUCGGAUAUUUCUCCCACCAGCAGCUCAGCUAUUGGGUUGCUCACGCCGUGGACCCAUGGGUGGUUGCCACUCUGACCCAUGGUUACCGGCUACAGUUCCGACGGCGGCCUCAUAUCUCACGCCGGGUCAAGAUGACUGUAAUCGCCGACUCGGUGAAAGCUCAAGCACUAGACCAGGAACUUUCCGCCCUCCUGGCCAAGGGCGCAAUAGAGGCAGUGGACCCUCUGCAACAACCCAGGGGCUAUUACUCGACUUACUUCCUUGUGCAAAAGAAGACGGGCGGGUUUCGUCCCAUUUUAGACCUGAGGGGACUCAACCAGUACCUAAAGGAGCUGCCCUUCCACAUGCUCACAACAGCAGAAGUCCUUCAAGCUGUCACAAGGGAAGAAUGGUUCACGUCUGUAGACCUGAAGGAUGCAUAUUUUCAUGUGCCUAUUGCGGCAGAACAUCGCCGCUUUCUCAGGUUUGCCUAUCGGGGUCACCACUGGCAGUUCUGGGUACUUCCAUUCGGGCUCUCUCUCUCCCCAAGGGUGUUCACUCGGUGCGUGAAGGCAGCCCUCUCUCCUCUGCAGGCCUGCGGAGUGAAGAUUUUGCCGUACUUAGACGAUUGGCUUCUCUGCGCCCCGUCUCAGGCCUGUGCCUUUCACGACACAAACCGCCUGCUCGCUCAUAUGUCCCAGUAAGGCCUCAAUGUCAACCUGGAGAAGAGCUGCCUGAUCCCUUCCCAGACGACCACCUUUCUUGGGGUGGUUCUGGAUUCAUCUUCAAUGAGAGCUCGCCCAUCCGCUCAAAGGGUGGCCGGCAUACUCCAGCUGGUCAAUCGGUUCAGGCUGGGCAAGCAGCUCCCCUAUGUUGCCUUCCUGCAACUACUCGGCAAGCUGACAUCAGUCACUCGGGUGGUGCCCUUAGGCCUGCUGUCACUUCGCCCCUUGCAGAGGUGGCUCAACAGCUUUCGCCUGGAUGCCAGGCUGCACAGGCAUCGCAAGCUCGCAGUGACGUGGUCAUGUCUUCAUGCCUUGACUCCAUGGAGGGACGAAGAUUAUUUGUCCAGGGGUGUCCCCAUGGGAGUGGUAGUGUGUCGCAGGGAAGUGGUCACAACGGAUGCCAGCUCCAUGGGAUGGGGGGGCUUGCACUUGGCACUCAGGCACUUCCUGCCUCACCUGGAAGGGAGGCAUGUACUUGUUCGGUCAGACAACACCUCUGUUGUCUACCACAUCAACCAUCAGGGGGGCACCAGGUCAGCACAACUUCUGAGUGUGUCCAGAGAGCUCCUGGAAUGGGCCUCUCCUCGCCUGUCCACCCUGCGGGCAGCGUACUUGCCAGGGCGACACAAUCAGGUCGCAGAUUUUCUCUCCCGCCAAGAGUCCCCUCCGGGAGAGUGGUCCCUCCACAGAGACAUAGUGCUGAUGAUCUGGGACCGUUUUGGUCAGGCAGAGAUAGACCUGUUUGCGACGGAAGAGUCGACUCAGUGUCCCCUAUGGUACUCUCUUACGGGGGCGUCGGGUGCGCUAGGCCAGGACGCAUUGGCUCAUCCUUGGCCAAGGGUCCUUCUAUAUGCCUUUCCACCCCUUUCUCUAAUUUGGCCAACCCUUCAGAGAGUCCUCGAGGAGGGCCACAGGAUGCUGCUGGUGGCUCCGUAUUGGCCAGCGCGACCAUGGUUCCCACUGCUACGAAGUCUAUGUCAGGGCGUCCCAUGGUGUCUUCCGACCAGAAGGGACUUGCUGUCUCAGUUGGGGGGACUGAUAUGGCACCCCAAUCCUCAACGUCUUCGGCUGUGGGUGUGGCCACUGCAAGGCUAGGACAGCAGCUGACUGGAGUUUCGAGCCCCGUCAGACGCACCAUCCUGGGCGCCAGGGCACCCUCUACUCGUCAGCAGUACGAAAACAGGUGGCGCCUGUUUUCCCAAUGGUGUUCGGAUCACAACAAGGAUCCAGUCUCCUGUACAAUACCCACCAU